AUGUCGCGACCACAGAAGAGCCCUAUGCACUGGCCGACCUUCCCAGACAUCCCAAUAUAUCUCGAUACUGGCGAUGAGCGUGCAACAGCAAAGACAUAUGGAACAACUCCCACAACUCCCACGACACCGGAUAUCUCGGCACAAGGUCGUCCAAUGCAUCUCAGCCCGGCUCACAUCAACGCACAACCCGUCAGCCCGGUCGAACCCAGCCCUACUACGACUAUCGAAACGUCCAGCCAUCGUUCGAUCAUAUGGCCGAUCCCAGAACCACCUCCAGAGAUCCAGCAUCAACAGGACUCUCGGCGGCCCACUCUUCGUUUCUUCCCCACACAGCGUCCGCGAGUUCGCCUCGACAGCAUACCGUCUCUUCAGAUACCGCAGAUCAACGACAAGAUCCAGGAAAUCAAUGAGAAAACACCUAUUAGUAGUCUUCAUCCAGGUCUUGGUAUCAUCAAUGGACCUCCAAAGCCGCCUUCUAUCGAGAUAUCGGCGCCAAUCGAAGAAGGCGUUGAGGGAUCGGGCAACAUCGCUCAGAGAAUCGAACAGACACUCUGGAGAUACACACGUUCGGGUAACAUCUUAAAGAGGUGGCUAUUGGAGAUACUCAGUUGGUCAUUCAGCGCAGCAUGCAUGGCCACCAUCAUCGGAGUACUCAUAUAUCUCAAAGAUGAGCCAUUGUCUAAAUGGCCAUUGGCCGAGAAGACAGGUCUGACGUUGAACGCACUGAUAUCCGUACUUUCCAAGAUGGCUGGUGCAGCGCUCAUUCUUCCAGUAGCAGAAGCUCUUGGACAGUUGAAGUGGAGUUGGUUUCUAGAUCACUCCAAACAAAUGUGGGAUUGGGAGAUCUUCGACAACGCCUCCCGGGGUCCUUGGGGUGCAGCGUUGCUCUUGAUCAGAACCAAAUGUAGAUCGCUGGCUGCCGUAGGAGCCUUCAUCACUUUACUCUCUCUGGCAUUGGACCCUUUCUUUCAGCAGGUGGUAGACUUUCCGGACCGUUGGGCAUUGCAGCACACCACCAGUUCGAUACCACGGACUGAGAGCUAUACACCAUUUUACAAACCGGAAUUCUUCCAAGGCUUCGAAGCCAAUGUAGCCGAUCCGGCCUUUCGACCUGUCAUAUCGCAGUUCUUCGUAGAUAACGGUACACAGCCUGUCGAGUUUGGCAAUGGGACCAGACCUGAGAUACCACUCUCGUGUCCAACGAGUAACUGUACAUGGCCAGAAUACGAAACACUAGGCGUAUGUAGUCAGUGCGUCGAAGCAUCAAACCUGCUCGAGUGGGCGUGUUUGUAUACAAAGAUCGACUGGAGCGCCAACUCGACUGGUCCUAUCAGUGAUGACACCAUGCCAAAUGGAACUGUGUGUGGCUACUAUCUGAACGCAACCAGCGAAGCUCCAGUCCUGAUGUCGGGAUACAUCAUGGAAGGCACGGAGGAAGAACCUGUUGAGGGCGAAGCUUUGCUUGUUCGGUCUCUUCCUCUCACGGAGUUCCUCACGAAGAUUCCAUUGUAUGGCGAUGGCUCCGUGAACUUCAAACACAUCAGGAAUCCGAUCAUGGACACUCUCAUUGUUUCUGCUCCAGACGGCGUGAAUAGCGUGUUCAGGAAUGAAACACCUAUUGCGCACGAAUGCGUCCUCGCUUGGUGCGUCCAAACCAUCAAAUCUUCCUACGAUUGGGGAAGAUAUACCGAGAAUAUCACCUCUGUGAACUUCAAUACGACCACUGGAAAAUUCCCAUGGGAGAGUUUUGAGGUUCAACUCGAUACCGAGGUUGCGCAGAUGAUUCUGUAUACGCAGGAUAUCGCCAUUACUCCACCGGCGUCUAGUCGCAGCGGGGCCGAUACGGUGGUUGCGAACAAAACAUAUGGGAUGUCGAAUACCACUGCGUUCAAUGUCAUGUUGGUCUUUGAAGACUACAUUCCUUCAUACUACACAGCAAUGACCCCGACCGAAAGCCCCAUGCUGAGGUACAAGAAUUAUUUGGAUGGUCCAAGCACUCGGGAGCUGCCAUUCAAUCCUCUGUUGGCGCCUAACAAUGUUACCAGGCAUAUGGAGAGGCUAGCUUCCGCCAUGACCAACGUUAUCAGGUCGUCGACGGAAAGUAGGUUAAUGCUCAGUGGGAAGGCGUAUAGCAAAGAGAAUUAUGUCGACGUUCGUUGGGUAUGGUUGACGCUUCCAAUUGGCCUCCUGUUUACGGCUUUGAUAUUUUUGGCUGCAACAGUACUCCAGUCUGCGAUUGAAGUUGAUCGUGUAGGCGUGUAUAAGACUUCCGCAAUCGCCACGCUGCUGUAUGGGCUGUCAGAUGAUAUACAGCAGAAGAUCACCUCUUCGACCGACCAAGGCACACCGCGUGCGAAGGCUAAAGAAUUAAGAGUAAAAUUACAACCUAACCAUGGAUGGCGAGUAUCAGGAAAUCUCUUCUCUCCCUUCCCAUCGAAGCCCAAACCAAAUCUACCACCACCAGGCUGGAUUUGA